CUCGCUUAAUUCUGUGACCGGACUAAGAGACAUGACAGAUUUCUGUAACCAGUCAGCCUAUAUCGUCUACAUCACUAUUAAACUUAAUCACGACGAUCAACACCUUUUUCGUUAUCUCAUGACUGGAGUCGGGAGGAUCAUGUAACACCAGGGUGGUGUUUGGUCGGCGGUUGUACGUGGCUGUGUACUGAAUAACAGUAUAGAGGGAUGAAUAGUCAGUCGUUGAAGUAGCCACGUGACUGCCCUGGACUGUGACAGCGUUCGAAUUCGGUGUCGCCGGGAGGGCAGUCGUCUCUCUGAUGUGGGGAAAGGACGAUGGACAGUCAAACGGGACAUUUCAUGAAGAGGGUCGCGUCUCAGACUUGAAGCUGGAAGAAAGUUUGUUUCAUGGGACUGAAAGUGUCCGACUGGUGGAGUGCACGGCGAAUAUUAAGGGGAUGUUGUCAACAAGACUCUGGGACCUCAACAGCAACAAUACUUACGUGUAUUCAAGCCUUUCAAGUGAGGACUGCAUACAUGGCGCCUUGUGGUCAAAAUGUCUAAUUAAGAAAAAAGAACACACGGCUAGUCUCCAGAUUCUGAUAGAAAAUAUCAGCAGUGUUGUAGCUCUCGGCUGCAAACUGACCUACAGUCAUCAGGGGAAUGAUGAAAGUUUGACCCGCUACCUCAAUGUCAGUGUUCCAGAGAGAAUAACUCACACGACUCAAGAGCUUGAGAGAGAAGGAGCAGUGAGUACUACACCCACAGUCGGACGCAGCGACACAGUUGGAUCAUCAAACUUCUUUGACGAAGGUCUUCCAGGCGCACUGACGACCAUCGUCAUGGUUAUCGCCAGUCUCCUUGUCAUCUUCAUCGCCUUGUUUGUCGUCGUGCUGUGCAUCCUCAUCAGAGCCCGAAAACAACAGCAGGCGGGAGCAUCACGUGACUUCGAGCUGAUGUCCUUCCGGCGCAGUUUCGGGGGCGGGUCGUACGACCGUGACCAUCACACUCUCAAACGUCACGUGUCGUGCCCCCCGCCCGCCUGCUCGCCCCCCGACACGCCGGCCAGUGUGUUGGUGAUGCCGUACCAGAGGCCGCUCCCCCUGUCGUCUGAUGGGAUGACGUAUAGAGAGAAUGGAAACCAUGGGAAUAAUUUACUGGGGCAGUACCAGGAGCCCUGGAGUUGCCUGGACAACGACUUUUCCAACCGACUGACCACGUUCCGACCAAACCCUGUCAUGUGUUACUUGCCGGGCUUCGAGGGAACCAUGAUGAGGGGGGAACCACGGGAACUACUGGAGGACAACGCGGGACAAUGACCACACCUCACCUCACAGAACGAUGGUUGACAUUUGGAAAAAAGACCUCGAGACUGUCCACCACAAAUACAACUUUUGCUUUAUUGCCUUGCAGUAGAACACACCUAAACAAUAUUUAAAUAAUUCAUUUAGUGACCAAUACAGACAUUUCUCAAAAGC